CUGCACGCCCUCCACCCCGCAGCGAUGCAGAUCAACCCAGUGUUCGUGGAGUCCACUGUAGUUCUGGCCGUGGUGCUGUGCGUCCACAUGGCGGUCUGGAACCAGCACUCUUGGUGCAGCGUAGCCCUCGUCAUCCAGGCUUUCUACGUCCAGCACAAAUGGGACCGUCUGCUCAGGUCAGGCGGUGCCGUGUUCCAGUUCCGUCCUGCCGCAAAUAGCGGCAUCGUCCCGGCCUCCAUGGUGAUGCCCUUGCUCGGCCUGGCACUGAGAGAAAAGUGCUCUGCCUCAGGGAAUGUCUACUUUGAGCGCUUCUCCAUGGUUGUCACCAUCACAGGCAUGAUGCUGGCUCUGUUUCUCUCUCUCAUUGCGCUCGGCAUCACGAGACCCGUGCCUACAAACACUUGUGUGAUCGCGGGCAUGGCCGGCAGUGCAAUUCUCUACACGACAAAACAGACGCUGACGGUGUCUGAGGUCAUCGAGGUCUUAGAGGUACUUUUGAUCUUCGUCUAUCUCAGCCUGAUUGUGCUUUAUCUGCUGCCACGCUGCUUCACACCUGGGGAGGCGCUCCUCAUCGUCGGGGGAAUCAGUUUUAUCGUCAACCAGCUCAUCAAGCGCUCCCUGAACCUGGCAGAGGUCAAAGGUGAUCCAGUGAACUAUUUCCUGCCGGUGGUCGUGGUGGGCUCACUGUUGCUGGGCGUUUUCUUCGCCCUGCUCUUCUGUUUCAUGGAGUCAGAGACCUGGGUGUCAUCGCUUUUCUUUCACAUGAUGACGGCGGUUCUGGGUCUGGGAAUCCUCAUGCCGUGGCUCUCCCUGUUCAUUGGCCGGCACCCCAUCAUGUGGCUGCUGGACUUUCUCACGUUAAAUGACAGAAGACUCUGCCUGUUGGGGUACUGGGUGUUCCUGGCUGUCGUGGCCACCUGUGUGGUGUUACACCAGAACUACCAGCGGCAGUCGGGGUCCAAGAAGCACCAGGCCUCGACUGUUGUCAGGAAGUACUUCCAUCUGAUUGUAGUGGCCACAUAUGUUCCAGGGCUGAUAUAUGACAGACAGCUGCUUCAUGUGGCGUCUGUGGGUUGCUUGGCAGUUUUCUUAUUACUGGAGUACGUGCGUUACUUUCGGAUCAGGCCACUGGGUCAGCUGCUCAGGCAGCUGCUCACCCUGUUCCUGGAUGAGCGGGACUCUGGGCCUCUCAUCCUGACCCAUGUCUACCUGCUGCUGGGCGUGUCUCUGCCUAUAUGGCUGUUCCCUGGGCCUUGCGCCCCUAAGGGGAUACUUCCUGGUGCGGGUGGCCUUGUGCCUUAUGCAGGUGUGCUGGCCGUGGGGGUCGGAGACACUGUAGCCUCUGUGUUUGGCAGCACCAUGGGGGAGAUCCGUUGGCCUGGCACCAGGAAAACCAUGGAGGGGACUGCAACAUCUGUGUUCGCCCAGAUCAUCGCCGUGGCCAUGUUUCUUAUCUUCGAUGGGAGCAUCAAUCUGAACUCCACCUACUCGUGGAUUGUUGGCUCCAUCACUCUGGUGGCCAUGUUGGAGGCCUACACCUCCCAAAUAGACAACCUCCUCCUCCCACUCUACCUCUUCAUCCUGCUGUUGCUUUGAGUGGAGAGAUGGCCCAAACACAAACAGAUCCCUCCCCUUGUCCUCAACCCUUCCUGGGGGGGAAGCAAGAAUGGUUGGUGAAUUUGGGGGGAAAAAAAAGAAAGAAAGAAAUACUAGAAAAACAUGAUAAUCGAAGUAAUAGAAGUCCCUUCAGGAACCACUGAACUUGAUCAAAAACGGGAGUCGUUUUUACUAGCACAAGAAAAAAUGGUGAAAAACUGAAAGCUUCAUCAAGCCGGGUGUUUGUUACUGUAUGUCAGCGAACCAAAUGGCACUAAAAAAUGUGCUCCUUACUGUAUGUGGCAGCAGACGUGAUGUAAGCAUGACAUUUCUGAGUCUGCUGUCCUCAGAUCCCGAGACAUUUCAGUAUCAGUCGCUGGAGGAAUGAGACGAUCAUCUCAGAGCAGGUUACGAAGAAAUGUGAAGAAGACUUGCCGAAUAUUCUUUGAGCUAAGUGACAGCGGUGGUGUAUGGUUUCUUUGUGUGUCACCGUCCUGACCCCGAGGUACUCAACAAUAACAACUCCUGAAUUAUGCAAGAGAAGAUUAAGUUUAAUAAAUUGGCAAAAUGUCCUUUAAACAGGUACUGAAUUCUGGACAUUGCAGACGCUGCUAGAAGGCACAUUAGGAUCAUCAAAGAGGAGGUUUUCCUAUCUUGUCCCCUUCUUGCAAAAUGGAUACAUGCCUUUGUAUUGCCUUUGAAGAACAUUAUUUGAAGUUCGCUUGUUGGUAUGUCUUUUUCUUAACCAACCUUUUUUCAUUAUUAGAAUAUUCUUUUGCCUCCCUGAUGGCGAUACGAGGGACUUACUGCUGAAAAUAUUUGCCUUAAGAAGUAUAUUUUCUAUCACACAUUACCUACUGUUGUAGACGCUGUAGACGAAAGCAUGGCAGCCCCUCACAACUCUUCCUUUAUAAGGGCUGGUUUAUACUUCGAUAUGGCAGAAACUCACUAUGCUCCUGCAUGACACUCAUAUGAAAUCCAGUACUGUAACACGUACAGACGUAUACUACAGUAUAUUUUAUUUGAUAAAUUUACUUCACUUAAUAUUUCUGUGGUUUGAUGGGACCCCUUAAAAGUAAACUUAAUAUAUACGUACAUUUCCUUGUGAUACUGAGCCUUCAUGCACCGCAUAUUUUUGGACUCUGUAGAUAUGCUUUGGGCCAAACUGAUCAACACAGGCCCUUCCUUUUUAGCAACUUUUCAAGCAUUAAAGAAUCCAAAUUAUUAUGUAAUAUUUGCUUUGUAGAAAUAUCCUCAGACGUCAUCAGGUUGGAUCUCAUCAUUCUGAAAUGAGGACGCUACAGUUCAUAACCCGAAACUUGUUUUCAGAAUGAAUUGACAGCUUUUGGUCUAUGUUCAUCUGUAAAAGUUCUUUGGUGUUUUAUGUUGUGAUGACAGUUUAUUAGCAUGAUCCGACUAGUAUGUUGUUUGCCAUCAUCCCUACAUUUUUAAGAAUGUAAUAUUGCAUGUUGAGUGCAUCCGAGGAUUAAGAUAAAAUGGAUAUGCCUCCGAUGUUUAGUCCAUUUGUUUAAUACUCAUUUGAGGGCUGAGAAGAGGAACCCGUGUGGCUGACUGAGUGAUUGCACUUUGACAACAUCGACAUUAACCCUCUACUUUCUCAGUUUGAUUUGAAAAUUAACCUAAGUGUGAAUGUUGUGGUUUAUCAUCAUUCAUACAUACAUUUGAGUUGGUUUUCAUUUAAAUUUUGUCUUAAAAAUCAACAUACUUGAAAAUAGAAAUGCUUACUGUUCAUGUUUAAAAAA